AUGGCGCCUCGUCGUCGUUGCCCUGUAUGUCAGUCGCGUCAAUGGCACAAAGAGCCUUCAAGUGGUCUUAUUGCGUGCAGUGAAGGACACAUCCUUCAGAAUUAUCGCAAUGAAACUACUACCGAGGCAGAAGACCUGGGUGGUGCCCAUGCUAUGCUGAAACGUACCAUAAAGUCAGGGCGAAAAAAGGCUGAAGAUGUGGGUAUUGGCCGUGCAAAUCCUCAACUGUAUCAUGGCGCGAGGGGAACGUAUCUCUAUUUCCAGUGCCUCCAAAUUAUUUUCCGGAAACAGAUUGCCGCCUUGACAAAGGUAUGGAAUCUACCAUCGGAGUUUGAGUUAGUUUGCCGGGAUAUCUGGACGUUAAACUUGACACUUCUACCUGAACAUCCUCCGCCCGAGCCGUAUCAUUACGUUCAUGGCGAAAAUGCGGGCUCACAAGACGAUGACGACCAGGAUCCCUCAUCUGAUGAGAACGACGAAGACGGGGAUGACGAUCGCAUUCUCGCCACUCUUCAUGCGGAUACGAGUUCUGAAUCUGAGCUUGAAGAUGAAGAUGGGGACGGAGUCAGACGCGGAGAAGCAAAGCAACCACGGAAGAAGCGUUCGCCUGACAGGUACAGAUCAUUGACUAGUACCAUUGCGGUGCUCAUGUUAGCAUGCUGGACAAUGAGGAUUCCGGUAAUGUUUCGUGACUUUAUCAGCGCCAUCGAAGCAUACGAUCUGCCGUAUUUAGAUCCAGUUCGGCUUUUACCUCCGACUAUGGUGGCUCAUUUGACAAGAGCAAAGAUCCAAUCAUUGUCGAUGCAGCGGCCGCCUCGAACAUUGACCCUCCAUAAAUUGACGUCAAGAUUAACCAAGAAGAUGCAUGCGUUAUUUGGUGUUUCCACACCAGAACUAAAUGCAGCUCCACUGCUAUGGCGUGUAACAAGGGUUUUCGGUGGAAAUCCGACAUUGUAUCAGUUGACCAAACAGCUCGCACGUUUACUUUCCCUUCCCCUGAGCGUCAGUUACGCGUUGGCGCCAGGCCUGGAACGGCUCAAAGAAAACGAUCCGGAACACCGUAUGUAUGACCACGUGCCGGUGGAAGUUGGGUUUGUCGCAGUGACGAUAAUCGCGCUGAAGAUGGUGUAUGGAUUGGAUGGGGUACAGAGAGUGCGUCCCGAGCCUGGCGAUCCAGGAUUGAGCCUUCCGGCUAUCGAUGAGUAUCUGGAAUACGUGGGCAGGUUGUCUGAGGAGGACAUAAAGGAGCAGAGCACCAUGUUCAGCUCGGAAAGUCAAAUGUCGGUAGGUGAUCUCGAUGAAUUAAUGUUGGAUGAAUAUGUUUCAUUCUGCGAACGAGCGUUGUUGGGAGGCGAGAAUGACGGGGACGGCAUGGUGGCAAAGUAUUUUCCCCUAAAGGGUCGCAAGUGGAAAGAUCUGCCGGACUCAGAGACAGAAAUACCAUGCGGAAAGAUGCAGGGAUCAAGGCCAGAUGAGGAUGGACAAGGCGAUCGGCCCGGGGAGAAGUACAAAGUUUUUAUUGGAACGGAUAGUGGUGGGAGCGUGGCGGCCGCUCUAGAAAUGGUUGUGCGAAGGGGUGCCGGGUACAUCAAGGUGAGCGAAGAGGACGUAUUCAGCGUGACUGAACGGUGUGAACGACGUUUACUGUCCUGGUGGAAGAAACAACGGAAAACUAACGCAAACAUUGAAGAAAUUCGUACCUAA